AUGGCGGCAAUGGAAGAGCUUGAGAUCCACAGCAAGUCCUACCUCGUCCGAUGGGUCAGCGUCAAGGGCGACCACACCAUCUCCUGGAGCCUGCAGCCGCACAAGAAAUCGCUCAACUUUGGCAUCUUCAAGCACCUCGGCCAGUCUGGCGCUGCCGGUGCCGCCUCGUCCGAUGUCAACAGUGUCGAAUCCUCGUCCGAAGCCCCCGCCGUGAUUGACAAGCUGCGCGGCGCCGGCCUGAAGCCGAUCCAGUGGGUGGGAAAAUGCGAGGCCGACAAGAUCUCCCAGGGCACCUACGGCGUGUCGCUGCACGAGGCAGGCAACUAUGCGCUGAUUUUCGAUAACACAUUCUCCAAAACGACCGGCAAGAUGGCCACUUUUGUGCUCGUGACAUACCCUACCGCUACGCCGCCGCAAUCCGUACACCAGACUCACCCCUCGCAGUCGCUCGGGGGCGUCAACGCCGUGGGUGGCUCCGGCCAUCGUAGCUCGCCAAAGCUUCGUACCGCAAACACCGGCUCGACCGACGAGCUGCGUCCGACAAAGGGGCGCUCUGUGUCGGGUGGAAAACGUCCCCAGAGCUCUUCCUCCGUCAACGGCGCGUCCGCAUUGCUACAUACCGGCGUUUUACGAAAGAGACGUCGCAAGCGACACCAGGGCUGGGCGCGCCGGUUCUUCUCGCUCGAUUACACAUCGUCGACCCUGUCCUACUACCACGAUCGCAACUCUUCGGCCUUGCGGGGUGCCAUACCCCUCCAGCUAGCAGCAGUGGCCGCCAAUGCGGCUUCGCGCGAGAUUUCCGUCGAUUCCGGUGCCGAGAUAUGGCAUCUCCGGGCAAGCAAUGCCCAGGAUUUUGCGGCAUGGCGGACUGCUUUGGAAAAAGCUUCUAAACAAACAAAAGACGACAAGGUCCUUUCGCCCAUGACCCCUCUUCUACAAACUCCUUCAAACUCGAUGGUUCGCCACCUGCCGAACCCAGCCGAGGAACGCGAAUGGGGCCAGAUCGAGAGCCUGGUUAGUAAGGUUUCUGGGUCGAGAGACGCCGUGCGACGCUUGGCCAAGGAUACAGACCCUAAAUAUCUUUCCUCUACUCCGAAUACCGGCCCUGACCGACGACGCUCGCCCAGCCCACAAGCCAGUCCAGCGGAUCCAGCCCAAAAUGGAGACGACUAUUUUGCUCAGCAGCAAAGGCGGCCGCCAUUUUGGAAACGCAAGAGCAGCGCCCCCAGCAUGGCCAAACGCAACAACAACAACGGCCUGGCUGCGCCAAGUCCUAUAACCGAUGUUUCGACCGUCCCUGAACGAAAACCGAGGAGUAUCAUUAGUCACCCAGACCACGACGACGAAAUCCACGAUCAUCUCAUGGCUCUCCUUGGCGAUCUCGACAAGGUUGUUUCCGAGUUCUCUGGACUGAUUGCGGAAAGCAAACAGCGCCGACACCCGCCCGUUGCAGUCUCGAGUUCGCGACUCAGCAUGGAAUCGGACGUUUCGCAAGAGUUUUUUGACGCAGAGGUUGGCCCGUCGUCCCCUCUUCUUACCAUUCAGCACGACUCGGAUGUUGAAGCUGAACUGGAGGAUGAAGAGGACGAGGAAGACGACGCUGCCUCGACGGCUAGCGAGGGCGAAGACCACACGCGAAAGGGUGUCCGAAGCGAGAGUGCCUCUGCUUUUUUGUUUCCAGUCAAGCCAAAGUCCUUGUCUCCUCUGCCAGUGGACAAGGUGACGCGGCGAAAGACUGUUCCAGCUCCUGUUAUGGCGCCACCCAGUCUGAUUGGGUUCCUGCGAAAGAACGUAGGCAAGGAUCUGUCAGCAAUCUCAAUGCCCGUGUCAGCAAACGAGCCUCUUUCGCUGCUCCAGCGGGCGACGGAAUGUAUGGAGUACUCGGCUCUUCUUGAUAAAGCUGCUGCUGCAACCGAUGUAGUAGAACGGCUGAUUUAUGUCACGGCGUUUGCUCUGUCCAAUUUGUCGACUAAUCGGGUCAAAGAACGGGCAAUCCGAAAACCGUUCAACCCGCUUCUCGGAGAAACAUUUGAAAUGGUUCGUGAGGAUCGAGGGUUCAGGAUGAUUGCCGAAAAGGUCUCGCAUCGGCCCGUGCAGCUUGCCUACCAGGCCGACAGCAGAGACUGGAGCUUGACGCAAUCGCCCAAGCCAACACAAAAAUUCUGGGGCAAAUCAGCAGAGAUUAAUACUGAUGGCAAGACACGGUUAACUCUCCAUGCGAGCGGGGACCAUUUCAGCUGGGGCAGCGCUACUUCUUUCUUGCGGAAUAUCAUUGCAGGAGAGAAAUACGUCGAGCCCGUGGGAGAAAUGAGCGUGUUUAAUGAAACAACGGGGCAAAAAAGCAUUGCAACUUUCAAGGCUGGAGGCAUGUUUUCGGGCCGUAGCGAGGAGAUUACUGUCAAAACAUACGAUAUUCACGGCCAUGAACUGCCAUUGGGUCUGUCGGGCACAUGGACAGGCUCGCUACAGCUUACAGAGCACGGAUCGGUUACGAACAAGACCAUCUGGGCAGCAGGUCCUCUAGUAGACGAAGCCGCCAAACGAUACGGAUUCCCUACGUUUGCCGCGUCGCUGAAUGAAACCACCCCAAUCGAGCAAGACAAACUGGCCCCGACCGACUCCCGACUUCGUCCUGACCAGCGCGCGCUUGAAGGCGGCGAUCUGGAUACAGCCGAGGAUCUCAAGGCCAAACUAGAAGAAAAACAGCGUGAACGGCGUCGCGAGCUCGAAGAAACCGGCGGCGUGUAUCGUCCACGCUGGUUCGCCAAUGUUACAGAGUCUGCAGGCGACGAAAUUGUCUGGAAGCUCAAGACUGGCAAGGAUGGUUAUUGGGAGGAGCGAGCCAAGGGUGGUUGGCCUGGGGUGACUCCUAUUUUCAAGCUGUAA